GGGCACACUGCGGCUAUCCACAGGCUCCAUGUCUAGUUAUUGAAUCUGCUCAAUCAGACUCAGCGAAGCAUCUGCCGGUUUCCCGGCCCCCGCUGAAAUGCCUCGCCAGUAUCCGCUAACUAAGCACCACUAAGCACCGCUAAGCACCGCUAGUUAAGCUUCGCAUGGAUUGUAGGCAUCCACGCUUUGAUCACGACCGGAAUACGCUUGGUCCACUCUGAAUCCAGUCUGCGAGGUUGAAAUAUAAUCCAAGUGUCCAUCGUCCUUUCAUGAGCUUUCAAGGUCCUCUCGCACAACGGGUAUAAUGCUGAAACCCACGACCAUGGCCAUCACACGGCUACAACAUAUCAAUCCCUCAUUCUCUCAUCCCCAUGUCUUCCUUCAACGCUUCCAACGUGGACCUUAGCACGGCCAGCAAGGAGGAUGUCCUCUGCUAUUUGGCCCUCUCUGAAAAUGACUACAAUGGCCACCUCGGAGCGCGCAUCUCCUCCAUUUUUGUGAUUCUCUUCGUUUCCACUGCCUUCACCUUUUUCCCGGUUGUCGCCAAACGAAACCCAGGAUGGAAAAUCCCGCACAGCGUCUACCUCUUCGCCCGGUAUUUCGGUACUGGAGUUAUUGUGGCGACAGCGUUCAUCCAUUUGCUGGAUCCCGCAUACAGCAGCAUUGGUCCGAAUACCUGCGUCGGCAGUUCCGGUCACUGGGGUGAUUAUUCCUGGUGUGCUGCCAUUGUUCUGACGUCGGUCAUGAUUAUCUUCCUGAUGGAUCUGGCUGCAGAGGUAUAUGUUGAGCACAAAUACGGCGUUGAACGAGACGAGUCGGCCACGGAUGCAAUCCUCACUUCCAACCCCCAUGCUCACGCCGGUGCCUCUGACGAAAGACCGACACCAACGAGGAGCAAAAGCAACGAACUUUUCUCUGACGAUAGCUCGAACGCAGAACGAUCAUUCCGGCAACAGAUUGCCGCCUUCCUGAUCCUGGAGUUUGGCAUCAUCUUCCACUCUGUCAUUAUCGGCCUGAACCUAGGCGUCACAGGCGAGGAAUUCGCUACACUCUACCCUGUUCUGGUUUUCCAUCAAUCGUUCGAAGGACUGGGAAUCGGUGCGCGGAUGUCUGCUAUUCCAUUUGGUCGACACAAAUGGCUUCCUUGGGUGUUAUGCCUGGCAUACGGACUCACCACGCCUAUUUCCAUUGCCAUCGGGCUGGGCGUGAGGACGACAUACAAUCCCGAUUCCAAGGUUGCCUUGAUCGUCCAGGGUGUUUUGAACGCGGUAUCGGCUGGGAUUUUGAUCUACAGCGCACUGGUAGAGCUGUUGGCGAGGGACUUCUUGUUCGAUCCGUGCCGGACGAAGCGUCGGUCUCAAUUGUUGUACAUGGUGUUUUGUAUGUUAUUGGGCGCGGGUAUCAUGGCAUUGAUUGGGAAGUGGGCGUAAAAGUGUUUCUGAAAAGCAGGUCGAAGGACUUCUCUGCAGACCGUCUUUGCUUCUGUUGAAUGUGCUGUACGUCAGUUUAGACUGACGAGCAAGUUGUCACUAUAGUCAUAUUCCCAUAAA